AUGACUUCUAUAGCACCCGCUAAGACCCAAGAUGAAAUCGCUGCUGAGGUUGACCAAGAAUGGAUCCCAGGCACGGUACAUCUAGUAGAUGUGACCAAUUCUCUGAACGUCAAACACAAUGGUGAAUCUGAUGUGGUUCUCAUUCCUCAACCAUCGGACGAUCCAAAUGAUCCACUGAGAUGGUCAAAGAAGAAGAAGUACUUUCAAUUUGGAAUCUUGUGGUUUUGGGCUUUCUUCACAGCUGUGGCUACAAACUGGUCGGGUCCAGCAUGGACUGACUGGACGGUCACAUUCAAUACCACUUACACAAAGUUGAACGACACAUCAGCCGUUGGGUGGUGUUUCCUGGGCAUCGGGUGUUUGGUGCUCCAGCCAUUGGCAAUGAAAUACGGCAGAAGAGGUGUGUAUAUUUUUGCUAGUUUAUGCCAGUUGUUUGGAAAUGUUGUUGGUGGAAAAGCAUCAAGCUUAGCCAAUAUGUAUGGUUGCAACAUCAUGACCUGUUUUGCAGGAGCACCUUGUGAUUCUUUGGUUCAGAUCUCGACCACAGAUGUAUUUUUUCAACACGAGAGAGCAAAUAUAAUCUCUCUGUUCACAUUUGCACUCUAUUCAGGAAGUUAUUUGGGUCCAAUCUGCGCUGGUUACAUAGUCGAGUCCCAAGGCUGGAGAUGGUGCUUUUGGUGGUUGGUGAUCUUCUUCGGCAUUAUUUUUGGAAUUCAAGUUUUUUUCAUGGAAGACUCUACCUUUGUUAGACAUGAGACCAAAAAGCAGGAGGAAGCUAUCAUGACUCAGAUCAGAUCAAGGGAUUCGGGAGUAAUCAUCAACACGGAGAAGGACAUCAACGUUGCUGUUGAGGAGAAGUCAGAGUUUCUUCCUCAGAAAAGAUCUUACAAACAAAAACUGACGGUCAUUGAACGAGAGUACAAUGACAAACGCCCAUUAUAUAUCAUAUUUCUGAGACCGCUUUUGGCUCUUAGAUUGCCUGCAUUUGUCUGGGGAGGUCUAGUUUAUGGAGUUCAGGUCAUGUGGCUUUCAUUGAUCGCUACUACUCAAUCGGAGUUUUUUUCGUACGCACCAUACAACUUCAGCUCUGCUGCUACUGGAGACACUUAUUUUGCCUCAUUGAUUGGAACCUUCAUUGGAACAUUCUGGGGUGGAAGUCUAUCAGAUAAAUUCGUUGCCUGGAAAGCAAGGCGAAAUGGCGGUAUUCUGGAACCAGAGUUCAGACUCUGGUUCAUUCUCUUGCCUGCAGUGAUAAACUCUGCCGGACUACUGAUGUAUGGACUGGGAAUAAAUGCUGGAGUACAUUGGAUCCUUCCUGGAGGAUUUGGAAUGGCAUUUAUGGGAUUUGGAAUUGGUUCUGCAGGUGCAUUGACUAUAACCUAUGCUCUAGACUGCUAUCCCGAUAUGCAGAGCGAGGGUUUGGUUCUGAUGUUAUUCCUCAGAAACAUGAUUGGCAUGGGUUUCACGUUUGCCAUACAGCCAUGGCUUGACCGCGACGGAAUGGCUACAACCACAUGGUUGAUGUUCAUGCUCUCCAUGGUCUUCAACUUCAGCUCUUUGAUAUUUGUUAGGUGGGGCAAGGACUUCAGAAAAGUGACGAAGCAAUUUUAUGUGAAAUACUCCGACAAAGACAUAUUGUUUUGA